GUUUAAUGAUGCUGUAACUGAGUUUCAUUGAUUUUGUUUGAAAAUCUUAUCAUGAGCUGUACUGAGGAAACAUUUCUGAAAAUGACUCAAAUAAAAAAAAGCUUCUUAUAAAAUGUCCCAAGUCUUCCCUCAACAAUAAUUAACUCCAAACCACAACAACUUUACUUCAAAACCAUCACCUCUAGCCCAGUGUACCACCCAGUGUACCACCCCUACCACCACCACCAUGUAUCAAAUGUUCCACAAACGAGAAGACGGUCACGAGGACAGUAUCUGGUCGGUUGCGUGGGCACGGAGUGAGAAGGAUAACUCCGAGAAUAUUAUUACUGGAGGAGUGGAUGAUCUGGUCAAGAGCUGGAAUUGGAGGGAUGAUUUCCUAGACUACAGAGCUACACUAAAGGGACAUCAACUUGGAGUGGUAUCAGUCACUAUCAAUGCUGCGGGAACUGUGGCAGCCUCGUCUAGCUUGGAUUCUACCAUUAAACUCUGGGACCUUGACAGUUCUAAACAGAUCAAAAGCAUUGAUGCCGGACCAGUUGACUGUUGGACGGUGGCAUUCUCACCAGAUGGCCAGUAUAUCGGUAGUGGCUCACAUAGCGGUAAAAUAAACCUGUUCGGUAUUGAGAGUGGUAAGCUGGAGCAGUCUCUUGAUACUAGAGGAAAGUUUAUCAUGAGUAUAGCGUACAGUCCUGACGGUCAUUACAUUGCUUGCGGAGGAAUUGACGGCAUUGUCUGUAUAUUUGAUCUAGCAACAGGUAAACUAUUGCACACGCUGGAAGGACACGCUAUGCCCAUCAGAUCCCUCACAUUCUCCCCUGACUCCCAACUACUCACUACCUGCAGUGACGAUACCAGCAUCAAGAUAUACGACGUGCAACAUGCUAACCUUAUAGGAACACUGAGUGGACACGGUUCUUACGUCCUCUGUGUAGACUUCUGUCCUGACAACACACAUUUCGCUACCAGUUCCAGUGACAGAAAAGUUAAAGUUUGGGAUGCUGGCAUGAGGAGAUGUGUCCAUACUUUCACUGAACACAAUGAUCAGGUUUGGGGUGUAGCAUACAACGAAAAUGGUUCGAAGCUUGUUUCUGUGUCCGAUGACAAAAGUGUUGUUAUUUACGAGUGCCCGAUUUGAAUGGAAUUGUUAUGUAAUGGAAGAUUCAAUAGCAAUUGAAAAGCGAGAGGAUGUCGCUUGUGAAGAAUUGUGCAAAAGGUUGUUGCAAAAAGAUUUCAGAAGUAUUAGAUCGAAGCAGAAAGUGUGAACAACAGA